GCUUUACGCCACACUGCAGUGGGGCUGCAGGGAGAACACUUCUGAGCCGUUUAUAUCUCUCCGUGUGCUACAACAGUGCGGCCCUCAGAAGCGGUUUCGGCCUCCGGUUCUUCCUCGGGUCGCAGUGAUGAACCGCAAGUGACGUCAUGACAGUGUCGCCAACUUGACAACAUCCUCCCCAGGGAAUCGGAUAAACAGUGAAACAGUGCUAUCAAGUUUGUUUAAAAAGUAUUUAAUCGAAUAGUAGUAAAUUUCAAUAACCUCUUAUCAGUGUUUUAUAAAUACUCAGUGCUCUACAGUCGAUGUUAGAUAGUACACGUAUGGUUCUAUAACUCGGUCAGUGCUGUACCCUCUUAUCACAGACAACUGACCCCACCCUCGUGCACCCACCAUGUGAUCGGCCCAGGUAAAGUGAGUGCUGUGCAAGUGUCAGUGUUAAUUACUCUUACCACUCAAUAUGAAGGGUCUCGCUUUUCUCCUAGUGGCGUUCUUCUAUAUCUACUCAGUGUCGGGAGCAGGAGCUGUACAAGCCAAGGGCGGCAAGGGACCUAUUCAGACCGCCAACUCAUUGGAGAGCGGUGCCAGGCCUGGUCCCUAUUUCGACAAGGCAGCCUCCAAGAACGUGACGGCACUGCUGGGGAAGACUGCUUACCUUAACUGUAAAGUGAAGAACUUAGGGAACAAAUCGGUUUCCUGGGUAAGACAUCGUGACAUCCACCUGUUGACGGUGGGCAGAUACACGUACACGAGCGACCAGAGGUUCCGGGCCAUCCACCACCAGAGUUCUGAGGACUGGAGUCUGCAGGUCAAGUAUCCACAGCACAGGGACUCCGGGAUAUACGAGUGCCAGAUCAGUACCACGCCUCACAUGAGCCAUUACAUCCACCUGAAUGUUGUCGAGCCGACGACGGAUAUCAUAGGAGGUCCGGAUCUGUUUAUAGACAGAGGCAGUACCAUCAACUUGACCUGCGUAGUGCUGUACAGUCCCGAGCCCCCCGCCUACAUAUUCUGGAAUCAUAACGAUGCCAUAAUUAGCUAUGACUCGCCAAGAGGAGGAGUGAGUGUUAUCACGGAGAAGGGGGAGACUACUGUUAGCUUCCUCCUCAUCCAGCAAGCUAAGCCCACUGAUAACGGCAGAUAUCAGUGUAACCCCUCCAACGCUCAGUCGAAGUCCAUCAAUGUACAUGUGCUCAACGGAGAGUUCCCAGCGGCCAUGCAGCACGGCGGACAAGCUCACCAUCGAUCCUCCCACUUAUACUGCCUCAUAUUCUGCGUCUGCCUACUACUCCUCAGCCCAUAGCAGACGGUGGCGCUACAGCAGCGCUCUCCUCCACGGCGGCAGUUCUAACAACUACCGCCUUCUCUGUCGGCGGCCAACACUCGUGAGUGUCAGUGAGCGGACCAACAAAGGCGGGUGCGGCGGUCACGGACGGUUUCACUAUCACAAAGUGAUUUUUUCGAGGACGCUUCUUUUUUGUAGCCUGAAACGAUGGAGCUGAGAGCGAAAACGGAUAGACAAAUAGACAGUUUAAUAGACAAUCUCAAAUUGCCAGUUACAUUAUAAGUGUUGUUACAUUUUCGAAAGUUUAGUUUAAAGGCAUGUUAUAGCAUAUAUUUUUUGGUGAAUGUUUUUGGAAGUAUAAUCGUAUUUUAUGUUAUUUUUAUGAACAUUAUUGAUGUUAGAUACGUUUGUUGUCGGCUAAUUACCUUACAGUUCGUUUCUUUUGAUAUUCAUGGCCAUUCGACAAGUAUUCGUGUAUUCCGAUAACUUUCGUAUUUCAUACACUUUCUGUUCGUUUUAUCGGUAGCUAUUUACUACUAAAACAAGCUCAACCGACGUCUCAUAAGUGUUAAUGAUGUGUUUGAACCAGAAUAUUUUAUACACAAGUCUAUAGUGUUUAUAGUGCUUUGUCUGUGCAUAUAAUUGUGUAUAUUGUAAAUAGUAUUGUUGAUCUAUAUUUCCUAGGCCUUGUACACACUUACUUUUAGCCUAAUUCCAGCCUAACGUUAGACUGAAGUAUCAAGUUUACGUUUAUGUUUAAAUUUUAGCAAAUGUUCUUACCUUUAAUUUCCAACGGAUCUUCUUUGAUUGUCAAAUUAGCAUAGACGAUUAUAAGCUUAUUUUACUAAAAAGUCAAAAUUAAAAAAUAAAUUAUCAGCAUUGUAUUUAACUCCGGAAAAAAUAUAGUGAAAAUUAUGGUGAUGUAAUACUUUUUUUUACUCAGUAUUUUACUGUUUAUAUAAUGAUUAUAAUUAUUAAUAAUAUUGUUAUGAAAUAACACAAUUUAUUGUAUUGAUAUUAUAAUUAACGUUUUAUCUUAUUUUAUGAAUUAUUAAGUAUUUAAUUAAUAUAACAUUGUUUAUUAAAAUAAACUUAAAAAUUGUGUCUUUUCUCUAAAGAUCAGCAUACAAAUGCAUCACUCAACUCAAACGGAAGAAACUGUUUCCUGGAAAACUUCAUAACAUAAAGACAUCUCUGCAACUUCUUUCAUAAACAGGAAUCAAGUUCCCGAACCUUCAGCUCAAGAAGUCCCCUAAUCUACGAUUUAGCAUUGUUAUAUUUUUAAGCACUAUUCUGUGAUUCUUAUCGUAUUGGAGGGUUAAAAUUUAAGGGGUUAUACAUAUAAAUUUGGAAAAUUAAGAUGUAAUUGUGAAUAUCGUUGAAGACUCAGUCUUCAUAUGUUGUAAAGAACAAUAAUUGUGGUAUAAAUUAUAAAAAUAAUUAUAUGUAUUGUAGUCAUUUAAAUAUAAGUAUAUAAUAUAA